UAUUGAACAUACUGAUUACUAAAAGCAGAACAACCACAAAGGUGUUUCAAAAAAAAGAACAACCACAAAGACACAGAAUCAAAGAAGAAGUAACAUGGUAAAGGUGAUGUGGGGUUCCAGUUUAGCUCUCGCCGUAGCGCUUCUCCUGGUGACGGUGGCAAACAUUCCGGUGGCGGAGGGAGUGACAUGCUCGCCGACGGAACUGGCUUCAUGUUCGCCGGCGUUUAUGUCAGCUUCGCCGCCGUCAGCAACGUGCUGCGCCAAGCUGAGAGAGCAGAAGCCAUGCCUUUGUGGAUAUCUGAGGAACCCUACCCUCAGCCAGUACGUUAACUCUCCAAACGCCAAGAAAGUUGCCAGCAGUUGCAAUGUUGCAACCCCGAAAUGUUAAUCAUGAUUAAUUAGUGACAAGUUUCGCUGAUCAUGAGUGCUUAAUUACUAGUUAAAAUGGGUCUGGUCUUCGACACUACUGUUUAGAAUAAUAGUGUGGUGGUGAUUAUGAUGCUCAUCAUCAUGCUUGAAUGUUAUGUUAUGUCAUGUUAUGCUAUGCAUGUUAUGUUAUGUAUGUUUCUACCUUAUGAAACAUUUUCCAUAGUUAUUUAUGCUUA